UAUCAUCCCCUUGAUAGUUGACGUGUUGUUCGCGUUGUUCUGUCGUUUGAAACGAUAGAAAAAAACAUUGAUAAUUGAUAAAUAAUGGCUACGUUUUACGCUAAUCCAGACGAAGAGAACGAAAUUUGGAUAGAGAGAGCACCCAUUGAUUCGCCGAGAUUCAGAAUUUGGCAUUAUAUAUUUUUCUGCUUUUCUGCUUUUACUGUAUUAAUGGUUCUUUUUUGCUGUUGUAUGAAAAUACGAGUCCCAAGAACGAAGCAAGAAAUCGAAGCGGAUUAUUGUAGGAAAAAACUGGCAGAAAAAUUUCGACAAAGGCUUAAAUUAAUUAAGAAUCAAGACAUGGAGGCUAUGGAUUUAGAAAGAGCUUUACAAAUCAUAAAGGAUGACUACAGGGAAGAAAAAACUAAAAUUUGUGCAACAUCGUCUAUUCCACACUCAACUCUAUAGAUGUCGCAAAAAAUACAAAAAAUCAGAAACUGAAAACAAUUAAAAUUUUCUACUAAGUUCCACAAACCUUCAGAAAAAAAUUGUGCUAAAAAUAAAAACAUCGUUUUGAUAAAAUUAUAAAUAUGUUAUUUUGUAGUAUUCGCUCCGUGCGUGACUGCAGCGCAAAUUCAUUUAAGUACUAACAGACUAUUUUUGCGUAUACUGACAAUACAAUUUAUAAUAGAAUUCGUAAUUAAAAAGUAUAUAUGUUAGUUUUAAUAAAAGUAUAUGGAUUUGUAAAACAGUGA